AGCCGACCAAUCAGGUGUCGGAGGAGAGGCUGUGCCGGGCCGGCUGGCAGACGCCCCGGGGACAGUGCUUCGGCCGCAGCUCAGCCCGGUGGCGGUGACAGCACUGACAGCGACUGGAGCAGCUCCUGACCUCACCAUCCCGUCUGUUUAGAGCAAGAUGGCUGACGUGGAGCUGGUGAAGAAGAUGCUGCGGGCCGUCCUCCAGGCCAACAAAGGUGGAGUGUCACUGUCCCGCCUGCAGUCCGAGUACAAAGAGCUGACCGGGGAGCAGAUACCGCACAAACAGAUGGGACACAACCACCUGGAUGCACUGCUGGCCAGCAUGCCCUCUGUAGUCCGCACAGAGCGCAGCCGCUCUGGAGAGAUGGUGUGUUUGGCCUCAGGAGCCAAUGAGACGGCCCACAUAGCCAAGGUGGUGGCUCGUCAACGCAGCUCCAAGAAGACAGGCCGACCCCACCUGGUCAACACCCAGAUGAGGGUCAAACCGGCUGCCCCACUCGUCCUCAAUGCCAAACCUCAGACCUCUCUGAGGCAGCCGAACCACCGCGGAGGGCGAGGCGGGGGUAGAGGAGGAGGAGGAGGCGACGGAGGAGGCGGCGGAGGCGGCGGCGGCGGCCGAGGGGCGGGGCAUGGAGACUUCAGACAGGCGAGGGACGUGAGGGAUGGCCAGUCAGAGGGCAAGACUGGGGCGCAUCCGAACAAGAUAUCCAAUCAGAACACACCCAGCAGGAAAGGGAACCCACCUGCAGAGAGGUCAGACAAGAGGAUGACCCUCCCGUCGCGGUUCCAGAAGGAGGUGAACGCUCACCUUUCCAGAAACUCCCAACAGACUGGACCACCCUUGAAUCUGAACGAGAGCCUCGGCUCGGGGAAAGGAAAGCCCUACAACCCUCAGCAGGUCCAGGGUCGCAUCAGGGAGAUCCUGGGGAAGUACAGCAACGGGUUCUGGGUGUCGAAGCUGCCUCAGAUCUACAGGGAGCUUUAUAAACAGGACAUGCCCACUGAGGCCAUCAAAGACCUGGAGACCUGGACGCACAUAUGCACUGUAGAGAAAACCUGCAGCAGCAACCCAUCAGAGCUGCUACUCUACCCUGCCAAGGAACAGACCACCACAUCCUCCCCUCCACCAGUCCUUAACCCAAACUCCACCUCUGCCCCUGUCCCACUUUCAAACACCCCCACAGACAAACCCGUGCAGUCGCCCGCCCAGCAGAGACCCCCCAGCACCCAUCUGGCCCGCUCUGGUUCUUGCUCUCCUCAGACUCCGCCGUUGUCCUCCUCAUCCCCCAGCCCCCCCUCCUCCCCCGCCACCCUCAGCCCCGACCUGAAGCUGAAACUGGAGGAGCUGCUGGUGAAGUACUCCAACGGCCUGUGGGCCCACGCGCUGCCCAAGCUCUUCCAGGACACCUACAAAUUCAAACUGCCCGGACAUGUCCUGGAGAACCUUCACCUCCUCUCCGACAUCUGCACCAUUGACUACCCGAUGCCUGACAACCCCAAGAGGGCCAUCUUGUACAGGGGGAGUAGCAGUGGAGGUGGAGUAGGAGAGGAUGAGAACUGUAACAGGAGGAACUCCUCGGCCAGCGAGGAGGAGCUGAGGGUGAGGCAGGAGCUGGGGAGGAGGCUCAGUAACCAUGCGGUGCCUGCUCUGCAGAUCCCCAAAGAGGAGUACCCCUCUGUGCUGGUGGUGGAGGCCACCAACACCAAUGGAGUUAUACUCAGGUACAUUGGUGAAGGUUACUCCCAGGCUCAGGAGUCCAUGGAAGAUGAAAUGAGGGAGUUUUACGGCCUGGACAAAAGCAGUCCAACUCCUUUGUCAUCUCCAUCCUCUGGCCAACUUGUUGCCGUCAGGGCCGAGGAGGAGGAGGAGAUUCUGAGGGCGCAAGUGUGCGAGGUCACAGCUGACAAGGUCAAGGUGCACUACGUGGAUCAUGGCUUCUCCGAGGUGAUCAGCAAAACCAAAGUGUUUGAGCUGCAUGAAAAGUUUUUCCAACUGCCUUUCCAGGCGACCAAAUGUAAACUGGCAGGCCUAGAGCCGUUCUGUCAGGAGCCUGCCGUGCUGAAAAAAUUUGAAACAAUGGCAAGUGGAAAGAUCCUAUUGGCUGAGAUCCUAGAGAGAGGGCAGACCCCUCUUGUCGUCCUGUACGACACGUCGCAGGACGACGACGUCAACAUCAACGCCGCCUGCAUGAAAGCCCUGCAGGACAAGACGCUAACCAGCCCGUCACAGGUUAACAGCGCUUACAUGAAUGUGACCGUCAGAAGCGUCUGCUCGGAUGGGACCAUCUACUGUCAGCUGCCCUCCAGAGGCCUCGCCAAGCUGAAUGAGAUACUGGAGAAUAUAGAGACCUACUUCCACUCACAGGUAACAUCAGAGUUCCUGGUAUCCAGACCCUUCUGUGGGAAAGGAUGUCUGGCUCGCUACAAAAGCAAAUGGUCCCGCGUAGAGAUCACCAACUUGCACGGCAGCAGAGUGCUGGACAUCCUGUUCAUUGAUGUUGGCGUUCAAGCUUCUGUAGAAGUGAUAGAGCUCAGAGAGAUCCCGCCGCCGUUCCUCCGGGACCUCAUGGCCAUCCCCCCACAGGCAGUGAAGUGCUGUCUAGCAGACCUGGCUGUCAGUGUCGGAUCCUGGACUCCAGACGCUGUCCAGUGGCUUCGAGAGAAAGUGCUCAACACCACAGAAUGUAGCAUGAAGGUCGCCAAGGUAGAUGAAACCAAGCGCUGCAUCUACGUCCACCUUUUCACUGACAAGAACUUCCACGACCCCGCCCGCAGCCUCAACCACCAGAUGGCCCAGUCUGACCUGUUCAAACAGCAACCAGAUGUUUUCCUGACGAGCCACAGCCCUUCCAAGAUGUCCACAGCCACUUUAUCCUCCAAGACUCCCAGCACCGGUGACUACACUAAUGGGAGUCCAACGUCAACUUCUGUCCCAGCCAAGACUCAUCCCAGGAGGGCUCUGUCAGGACCCAGAGGAGGUGUUGGGGCAGGCAACCCGACCACCACCACCACCACCACCAGCCCACCAGAGAGACCAUCACCCCCCUCAUCCUCUCUCCAGCUGCCACCAUUAUUAGAGCUGCCAGCAGCAGGAAACAACAUAGACGUUUAUGUAUCAGUGGCGUGCCAUCCGGGCCACUUUGUGCUGCAGCCCUGGAGAGAUAUGUACAAGCUGGUGGUGUUGAUGGGAGAGAUGAUUCUCUACUACAAUAAAACUGAGGAGAAACCACUCAACAUAGAGAAGAAUCAUAUAUACGCUGCUAAAGUGGAGAACAGCUGGCAUCGUGUGUUAGUCAAGGGAGUUCUGACCAAUGGGUUGGUGUCCGUGUACGAGUUGGACUACGGUAAACACGAGCUGGUCAGCUGCACACAGCUCAGACCUCUGAUCAAAGAGUUCAGACAGCUGCCGUUCCAGGGAAUCACUGCUCAGCUGGCUGGAUUGAAGCCGAGGCAGUGGUCGGAGGAAGUUUCCAUCAUUUUCAGGAACCACGUGGAGAAGAAACCACUCGUGGCCCAGCUGGAGGCCGUGCAGGAAGCCACUAACCCGUGGGACAGGAAGUUGACGGUCUUCCUGGUCGACACUUCACAGGAAGAAAAGGACAUCUGGGUGCAUGACAUCAUGGCUGAAUUUGCUGAAGAGCUGACCAACGAGCUGUAGACAACAGGAGACCGGUGACAAGUCUUACUAGCCUAGCAGUUGUCCUGUUGCUCAAUGGAGACACUGAGUUGUGGAUAGACAAAAUAGAAGAAGCUUAUCCAUCUUUAUCUAUCUACGAUGUAGGGGGACUGAAAGAAGAAAGGAAUGAAAAAUGAAGGUUACAAGAAGAAGGGAAAUUGAGAGGUUUGCUAGCCUGUAGAGACUGGCGUUAACAGAAAGACAAGAGGUGUUGUAGCCACUUGCUUGUUGUGUUGUUUAGGCUGUUACAUCAAAGGAGGUUGUGAUGUGAUUUUGAGUGACUGCAGUGUGACCAUUGGAUACCCAUGCAUGAUGUUGGUCCAAAUACUCAAAACAUACCUUCAGCAUACAGUAACAAACUGCUGAAUCUAUCCAUAAUGUCCUCUCAAAGCUGUGGAAGUGAUACAACACGCAUUCUUCUACCAUUCGGUAUGGGCUUUAAUCCAAAGCAGCAUUCUUAACGCUACAGUACCGCGAGUGCACCCAGUUAUACUGCGUGUCAUCCUUUGGGAUGCCCGAAUACCCUCAACCCCUGCCAAUGUGAGCACCAUGCAAAGUGCACAAAAUGUUUAAAUGAACUCUUCUCACAUGCUCGGAAGACUUAAUAUACAUUUGUUUACAAAAUCUGCUUUUUUUUGGAUGGCAUUUCUGAUCGUAAUAAAGUUUCCAAAAGUUAGAGCAAACAUUCCCCGCAAGAGGAGAGGAAAUAGACAAGUCAGUGACUCACGGGAGACGGAUUUAAUGUAGAGAGACCAGUAGGUAGUUUACACUUUUUAUAUACGCUUAAAUAAACAGUUUUUGUUUUUGCAGUUGCCCCCUUUUUUAUCAUAAGCAAGACACAGAAACAGAAGUAAAUACGGUUUGGUGAGGAGGGAUAUACUUAAUGUGAGAUAUGUGGUACAUCCUGGCACUGCAUGUACAGUAGAAGAGCCUAUACUUGGGAUUUUCUAUUGAAUUGAAAGAAUAAAUUGAGACACAGACAGUUCCUCAGACUCCUGCCUCCUGUGACGGCAGCGCCUUGUCCAUCUCUUCUCCUCCUGUGAAACACCGAGUUGAGCAUCUCUCCUUUAUUAUUCUGUUUCCAGUCUGACAACGAGACUUUAAUUUUCACCAGAUCACAUGUGCUGCAUGCUGCAGAUCUUUCUUAAUUGUGCACAUAUACUUUGAUGUUAUAAUAAUAAUAAGCAGAUAAAGUGACCGGUAGUGUUUUUAAAUUUUCAAAUAGGAGAUAAGUUCUGCUUUUGAUUGGUUCCAGUGCCACCGAUGUGGGAUUUUAUUCUGAAAUGUGACUUCUUUUUUUUUCUGAUACACCUGCACCAUGGUUUUGGAUGUGCACAUGGAGACAGUAGACCUGACAAAGCUCAAAGCUGCAUUGUUGUUAACAAUGGACAAGUGACAUUAAUUUAAUUUAUAUUUAACUUAUAUUCUCUAGAAGAUUAUAAUUAUCAUUUUGUUGUUUGACAAUGACCUGGAGGUAUAAUAAUAGACUUGUUUUUGGAAUAAAGUCUGUUUGAGAGGUUUAAA